AGUGGCAUAAACCCUAAAAAUAAAGAGAAGGGAGUAUGGAAUUAACGUUGGGGUUCGAUGCCGCAUGGCAAUGGCGGUCCAAUGCGGAUGCUCCUCCGGCGAGGCGCGCUCGCGGAUUGGUGCGAUGCUCGACGGCGUCGGGAGGAUCCAAGCGCGAUAUGCAGAAGAUUGUGGCGCGGACGAAGCAUCGGCGAGCUCGGCAUAUGAAGCUCCUGAAUAAGCGUAAUCUGUAUGAUCCGGUGGAGGAAGAGCUCGUCCGGCAGCCUCACAUCCUGGAUAGCUCGACUCCCGACGGGGAUGAGGAAGAUCGGCAAGAGAAAUCUUUGCUCGAUAAUGCGCUGGAUGAAGAAAUCUCCGACGAGGAUGCUGCGUCGGAUGAUGGCGAGGAUGGAGUUGAGGAGUCGGAAGAGCCCGAGGCCGUGUCUUCUUUGCCAGGUGAUUUGAGAGAGGAGAACGAAGCUGACGAUGGAUUGGAAGACUCAGAAGAGAGAGAUCGGCUCGAGGGCAUCUCUUCUUUGGGAGGAGAUUUGAAAGAGAACGUAGAAGCUGGGGGGGCUGAGGCAGUCUCGAAAGAAGUUUCUGGCAGCGCUCCCGUGGAUUCGUCUAAAGGCAUAAAAUCAAAGGAGCAUCCCCGGCACGAUCAAGAUGGCAAGAAAUCAAAGGAGCAGCCCCGGCACGAUCAAGAUGGCACGGAACCAAAGGAGCAACCUCGGCACGAUCAAGGGCGGUUUGCUGAUCUCAAGGUUUUCGUGGCUGGUGCCUCGGGAAGAACUGGAAGGCUCGUGGUGGAAAAGCUCUCGAAAGGAGGUGCCAAAGUGCGAGCAUUGUGUCGUGAUAAGGCCAAUCGAUUCAACGAGCAGGGCAACGUGACUGCUGUCCGUGGCGACAUUUGUAAAUACGAAACUCUCAAGCAAGCACUGGGUGAUAGUAAUGCGGUCGUGUGUGCCAUUGGGACGAAGUUUUUCCCGCUGGAUAUUAUGAAGACUUACCAGAUCGAGUAUGAAGGAGUUGUGAACCUUAUCUCGGCAGCCAAGAACCAAGGACAAGUGAAAAAGUUUAUACUGGUCACGUCGAUAGGAGUUUCGUCAUUCCUCCAGAUAAUCCCCAUUCUGUGGUGGAAAAGGCAGGCAGAGCUUGCAUUGCAACGCUCAGGGCUUGAGUACACUAUCGUAAGGCCUGCUGGUCUACGAGAGAACGCACCCGCUGAUGAGGCUCUCGUCAUGAGGCCAGCCGACUCGCUCUUCAUAGGUGGUAUCAGUCGAUCAAAGGUCGCGGAAGUUUGCGUGGAAGCGAUCGUGGUCCCGGAAGCCUCAGAGAAAAUCGUGGAGAUAUGCGCGGGUGACGUCCAGAAGGGCAGCAUCCAGGAACUAUUCUCGCGAAUUUGAUCAAUGCCAAAGUAAAUCCUCGUUCUUUCGUUAGCAAAUUUCACAAACACUUGCAGUCAUUUGUCACAUGCUUCGAGGUUGGGUACCACAAGAUUAUAAACGAUGGAUAGAUAAUAUCCUUGAGCAACAAAUAUUGUGGGAAGCUUUUGCAAAUCCCUCAAAACAUAAACAACUAGAUCAUUCCUCC